AAUGAUGAUUUGAAACGUUGUGCGCAAUCGCAAUAACCUACAAUUUUGUUCAGCCAUUGAUGUUGAUCGCCUAUCUGUGUAUCCAAAAAAGCAGCAGCAUGACUGAUUCUAUGAAUUUUGGUCCCGAAUGGUUACGAAACCUGUCUGAAGGUUCGGCGGGAAGUGGUGCGGUCCCCGUGGCUCGGUGUCCGUUGGCCGAAUAUAGGUAUGGUAGAGAAGAAAUGUUGGCGCUACAUGACAAAAAUCUACGUCCGCCUAUUUCGCUCACCGGUUUCCCGUCUCUAUAUUCAGAACAAGUUCUACCGCCGCUCGCACUUAUACCGCAAACAGACGAGGAUAGAGGUUGGCAGUCACGUCCCGUACCGCCGGCUGGAGUAAUACGCGGCGGUCGCGGUGGGUCUUUAGAGAGAGGCGGUCGUAUCAAUAGAGGGCGUGGUUCUUAUCAACAGUACGGGCGUGGCGGGUACGACGGAUCAGGAGGGUGGAACUCGACCGAACAGACAGAGUGGAGCCCACGCAAGGAUUACAAUACACGAGCUUCGUCUGUGGAUAACUGGAGACGAAAUCGAGGUGCUGAGGAUGAUGAUGGGUGGCGUAACACCAAUAACACGCGUGGGCCUUUGGAGAAAUGGGGACGUUCAACUAGUUGGCGGGAUGGAGGGGAGGGGGGUGAAGAGCGGGGACCUCCCGAAAGAGCCAAUCGUAGCAGCUGGCAAGAAAAUGCACGUUCUGUACAAAGAAGGCCGUGGGAAAAUGAUGAUCAUCUUCCCGAGUGGGCCAUGGAGAACCCCAGCGAAACGGGCGGAACAUUUGAUGCUACGGGCGCUUUUCAUGGCUCUGACGAUGAGCAACGGGACCACAAGCAUGUUAAUAAACGUGAGCGUGAGGUCCCAUUGCAAAAGUCCGUAUCCCAACAAAACAUUGUCACAAAAACACAUCCGUCAACGUUACCCUCAUCACAAUCGGCGAUUUCACUCUCAAAGCCACCAGAUGAUAUCACGAUCGAAGAAAAAUUGCAUGACAAAGAGGAGGAGAAGCAUCGUAUAGCAAAAAUAGACAAACGAGGUAUGAAGGAGUUUGAUAUCGAACAGCAUAUCAAACAAAUACACAAAGUUGAGAAAACGCCCCCCAAAAAUUUGGAUAAACACAUGGAUAAUGUUUCACAUAUGAAUAAUACAGAAGCUAUGAAUGGUAUUACAGUGCCCGAUUUAAACAACAGGGUGGAAGAAGAGUUCGACCGAUUACAAGAAGACCUCGUAAAAAAAUUAGUUGUUGACGAAGAAACUCCGAAAAAGGUUACAAUUGAAAGUUACAACAUGUCAGGAAGCGCUAAUAAUAUUGUACCACCUCCGAACUUGUCGCAGCCUUUACAAGAUAAAUGGUGUUAUCAAGAUCCUCAGGGUGAUCUACAGGGUCCUUUCCUGUCAUCAGAAAUGGCUGAAUGGUUUAGAGCUGGAUAUUUCACAUCGACGCUGCUCGUGAAAAGGCAGUGCGACGAAAAUUUUUACCGCCUGGGCGAUUUGGUUGCGAUGUGUAGUGGUAAUCCAUUUCAGUGUAAUAUGCGUAUUCCAACUCUUAAACAUGAAAUACCUGCACCAGCUCCAGAUAAUGAUUUAUUACAGUACCAGCUGUUGCAAAGGCAAUUUGCGUACAGGCAAGCUCAAGCUAGUAAUUUAAGAACUUUAAACCAAUCAGAGCCUUGGUCCAAUUUGUCUUCACUUCAGCAAAGAGAUCUGCUCAAUCAACAAGUGCUUGUUCAAGCGCAGAUGGGACCCGAUAUACAGUUAUACCAACAAUCCCAACAGCCACCGACAAAUCCUUUAAUGCAUAUGAUUAGUCAAAUGCAACAGGGCAAUAAAUUAUCCGGACCCACCAUGGCAGACAAGCCUCCCUCAGUCCAACCUCAGCUGGAUCCCAUUCAAACACUUGUCCAGCAGAUGGCCGGCCUUCAGUCAUUAUCGAAUAAUCUUCACGUCGGCCCUUCUCCCGGUCUUCCUACCACAAUCCCUAACAGUGUUGGCAUCUCGGGUAGUAUGCCGACGAGUGGACACUCCACAAACUUAUCAAACAGCGGAUUGUUGAAUAAUUUUCAAAAUUUACCCUCCGGUCCACUACCCGUCCCCGUCGGUUUAUCAGUGAGCGGCGGAAUACCGGGUAGCGGAAGCUUACUCGUCAGCGGCGCCGGCCUCCACAAUAAUAAUAACAGCAUACCGGUCAGUUCCGGCGUUUUAACGAGUAACACCGGAAUGCCGGGAGGUGACGGCAUAACGAAUAGCAGUGGACUCCCUGUUAGUUUGCAAAGUGGGCUUCCAGGGGGGUUAACCGAAAACACACUACCUCCGCGGCCGAACCCUCUCGGCGCAGUGGACCCCCUAUCUUCGGCCAAUGAAAACGACCCCAUAAAAAAUUUGUUACGACAGCUGGCCAAUAAACAACAAGCACCACAGCUAGACACAUUGUGGCAACAAAACCAAUUUACAAACUCGCAAUCAAAGUCUCAGUGGCAAAAAACCGAGUCGCCGUUAGCCAUGUGGGAUAUACCGACGCCUACAGUUCCGAUGCCCAUACCGAACAACGGAGUCCCGACCGAAAAACCAAGCGGUCCAACGUCCGAACAAUUACAAAAACAAGAAAAGGAGCGUCAAAAACAACUGAAAGAGAGUCAGGAACGCGAACAGAAGAAGAAACGCGAGGAGGAGAAACAGGCGAAGAAGGAGGCCGAAGAGAAGCGAAAGGAGGAGCAGAGGCGGUUAGAGGCCGAAAGGAAGGCCGUCGAAGAAAAGCGCAAAAAGGAGGAGGAGAGGAUUAAAAAAGAACUGGAGAAGGCGAAGAAGGAGGCGGAGGAGAAAAGAAUGCGGGAAUUGGAGGAGAAACGUAGACUCAAAGAGCAAAGGAAGGCGGAGGAGGAGGCGAGGAAGAGAUUUGAAGAACAAAAAAGACAGGAGGAGAUAGAGAAGGCAAAACGAGAGAUGAAAGAAAAAGAAGAGCAAUUACGACGUCAAGCUGAGCAGAAUCGUAUUGAAAACAGUAAUAAAGCAUCGCGGAGCGCGCCUUGGAGUCAAGCGAAUUCGACACCCGAGCUCAGUUUGGCGGACAUUCAAAAGGCGGAGAGAGAGAAACGCGCCGAGCAGGCGGCUCUGUUGCAGAUGCAGCGCGCGCAGCAGACGUUACACGAGCAGCAGACCGUGGUCGAGAAGCAAAGUUUGCAGUUUAGUUGGGCGAAAAAAUUGCCCGAGUCCGGAAAGGUUAAGACUCUCGCAGAAAUACAGCAGGAAGAACAAGAUCGCGCUGCGAAGCAAAAUGCCGAAGCCCGACUUGCGUAUCAGAAGGAUAAGGAGAGCCAUUCCGUAAUGGCGCCAACCGUUGUUAUGCCUUGGAACAGUUCUAAUCUUUCCUGGGCCAGUACUGCUGCACAAUGGAGUAAUCCAGGAGGCUUUUGGGAAGAAGCACCCGUUCAAAGAUCACCAAAUAAACCGUCCACAGUAUCCAAAAGUAAUUCAACAAGUGCCGUAAAUGUCAGUAAGCCUGUAGCGAAACAAACGAAGGGCAAAACGAAGAAGGAGGAGCAACACGUAAUGAAAUUGUUCAGUAAUGGCCCGGCUACUGACGAAUUUACAGAUUGGUGUACAAAUGCUCUUAAAAAACUGAAUAGUACUGUUGAUAUUCCUACAUUUAUAAGUUUUUUACGUGAUAUAGAAUCCGCUUUAGAAGUUCGAGAUUAUUGUAAGGAGUAUUUAGGAGAAGGACCUACCACGCAACAAUUCGCAUCACAGUUCCUCGAAAAACGGCGCAUGAUCAAACCGAAAGCCACCACGCAAAAAGACGACAUGAGCUCUCCUGCUCCUGCGAUUACGCCUUCCUCUCAACACAACCCCGAUUUCCAGGAAGUGAAGGGUAAGGGUAAGAAAGUCAAGAAGUCCAAGAUGAUGAAGGUGGACGCUCGUAUAUUGGGCUUCUCUGUGACCGCCGCUCCUGAUCGUAUAAAUGUCGGCGACCGCGAUUAUGUCGAAAAUUAAAAUACGAAAAAACAAAUUCAUAGUCCUCUCAGUCAUGUAAAUUCUGUGCAAAUACCUUGAACUAAUUUUAAGAUCUUUAUUUAUAAAACAUUACUUUUGUUUUAUCACUUUACUGUUUAAAUACAUAUUAGUUUUACAUAAAAAUUGAAAAUACGAA